CACAGUCCAAUGACAUAACCUAGAGUGCCAGGUAGUCGAGGCAAUGCGUUCUCAAUUGCCUGAACAUGCUCUGGGAACACUACUCGGGCAGUGCUUCAAAUCACUGAGAUGCCAGAGUGCACGAAGUUGCUGGCCGACGUUCUCCCGAUGCUCGAAAUCACUCCACACCUCUUCUCCCUCUCGACGACGCCGAGUUUCUCCCAGUUUUGAGAAACAAUGCAAGCAAUUCCAUACCCAGAGUGGAGCCUCCGCAGAUGGUAUCUCGUCUUCGCUGCAGGUUGUUUCCGCGGAAGCCGCUUCACAUCAUGAUUAUGUCCUGCGUGCAGAGCAACACGGCCAGACGGGGGAAGGCCAACCCCAUCACGGAACCCGAAUUGCGGUCCUUGGCGGAGGAAUAACAGGACUUGCCAGUGCACACUACCUGGCAAAGGAACUUCCGUAUGCGAAGAUCACUGUGUACGAGAAAAGUGACAGACUUGGAGGAUGGCUACAGAGCAAGAAAGUCGACGUUGGGAAUGGCAAUGUUCUAUUCGAGCAAGGCCCCAGGAGUCUGCGACCAGGCACCCCUUCUGGACUGGUUACUCUAGAGAUUAUCAAGGACCUUGGUCUUGAAGACCAAGUUCUCAUAACACCGAUGUCCUCCAACUCAGCUCGAAACCGCUUCAUAUACUAUCCCGACCACCUCGUCAAAAUGCCAGGGCCGGGUCAGGAUUUCUAUUCGAUAGCAUGGUCCGUGUUGACAGAGCCUGUGUUUAGAGGCUUGAUCAAAGCGCUCUUAUUCGAAGGGACUCGCCCCCAACGCGAACCCCGCCUAGAAGAUGAAUCCGUCGGGUCAUUCUUGAGUCGAAGACUGGGAACUACGGAUAUAGGAAACAACAUUGUGUCCGCCUUCUUACAUGGUGUAUACGCCGGUGACAUCAAUCAAUUGAGCAUGAAGAGCUUGUUUCCCGGGCUUUGGAAUCUCGAGGCAGUCUUCGGAAGCUUCUCCAAGGCAUACCGAGUCACUCUCCCUAACGCUCCUAUGCUACAGCAGCGAGACAUAAUUUUGAAUCAGCAGCUUAAGCCGAAACUCCAGGGCCCACUCCUCGAUUCGAUGCGUUCAGCGAGCGUAUAUAGUUUUAAGGAGGGGAUUAGCACUUUGAGCAAUGCAUUGGCUACGUCCCUGAAGGCGAAUCCAAACGUACAAUUCAAAAUGAGCCAGGAAGUCAACAAAAUCGAAUAUGAUGCUAAGGCGGAAGGCGUAACAAUCCAAACCACCAGCAAUCAUCCGCCCGUCACAUACACCAACUGCAUCAGCACCCUCCCCGCUUCCUCCCUUGCUACCUUAACCCCCUCCGUCUCUUCCCUAGCAGGCAUCCACGCCGUCACCGUGAUGGUUGUAAACCUCUACUACAAGGACCCGCACCUGCUCCCCGAGCAAGGAUUCGGGUACCUCAUCCCGCGCUCCAUCCCCUUCGAGCAAAAUCCCGAAAUGGCACUCGGUGUUGUCUUCGACUCCGACUGUGUCGCUGGCCAGGACACCGCCGCCGGGACAAAAAUCACCGUGAUGAUCGGAGGCCACUGGUGGGACACCUUCUCGGGAGCCGAAUACCCAGAUGAAGAGGAGGGCGCAGCCAUGGCCAAGAACGUCCUCCACCGCCAUCUCGGGAUCAACGAGGAGCCGCACAAGGUCCACGUCUCCCUACAACGCGACUGUAUCCCGCAGUACGUCGUGGGUCACAGCCGCCGGAUGAAGACAGCUCAUGAUCAACUCAUGGCUGCGUUUGAGGGCAAGCUGAGCGUCGCCGGCAACUCGUACACGGGUGUGGGAUUGAACGAUUGCGUGAGAGCGGCGCGCGAUGUCGUCUUGGGGAUUAAGGAUCGUAGGGAAUACACGGGCUUGGAAUCAUUUGCGUCGCCGAGUAAAUGGGUUACUCCGACGCGGGGGACGAGCAGGCAGUAAAGCAGAUAAAGGCAUAGUGCGGAACCUAUUAAAAAAAAUUGGACUUGUACACGGUAUGAGUUGCUUGCUUAGGUAUUUGUAGAAGCAGAGUUAUAGGUUUGCAUCAUGCAAAGGGGGGGUAAUAGAAUGAUGGCUUUGAGAGCCUGGAUUGCUUGUUUACCAAACCCCCCUAUUCUGAGCUCCCCCCUCCCUUUCUCUUUGCACUGAACACGGACCCUUGAUAUUCAGGGAUAAAGAAAAUCUACGUUGAGAGGAUAUUGAUUGAUUG